UGCAACACUCUCCACUAUUUCCCAGGAUGCCUAGCACCAGAUCCCAGGUCUCGCGUUGGAGGCGCAAAUCUCCAGUGCAUAUUUUGAACUGCGUAGGAAAUACAGGCUUUUUGCGUUGUGUGGGGAAAACAAACCUCAAUAUGGCAGAUGUUGCAAUUCUUGAUGAGGAGCCAAAGCAAGAGGAGUCUGAGUCCGUUAAGUCUGAGCCCGAUGAGAGCUCUCAAGAAACACCCAAUGGGGUGAAAACGGAUGAUGCUGAUGAAAAUAAGCCCCUCAAAGAAAAACAUGAUGCUAAAGAGAAGUCCUCGGGAAGCAGAAGAGGAAACCGCUAUCAUCCCUACAAAGACAAACAUGGUGGAGAAAAGAAAGGUGCUCAUAGGAACCGGGUGUUCAUCAGCAACAUCCCCUAUGAUAUGAAGUGGCAGGCAAUUAAAGAUCUAAUGCGUGAGAAAGUUGGUGAGGUUACAUACGUGGAGCUCUUUAAGGAUGCAGAAGGAAAGUCAAGGGGUUGUGGUGUGGUGGAGUUCAAAGAUGAAGAGUUUGUGAAGAAGGCGAUAUUGACUAUGAAUAAGCAUGACCUGAAUGGGAGGCCACUCAACAUCAAGGAGGACCCUGAUGGGGAACAUGCUCGUCGUGUGCUACAGCGCAUGGGAGGAGGUCCACCAGGAGGUCGUGGGCAGGACAUGGGGCCUGGCGGGAUGAACCUCCCAUCAUCCAUUGCCAAUAACCCCAAUAUCCCACCUGAGGUCAUCCAUGCACUGCAGGCCGGACGACUAGGCACCACAGUGUUUGUAGCCAAUCUUGAUUUUAAAGUGGGUUGGAAGAAGUUAAAGGAGGUGUUUAGCAUGGCAGGUGUGGUGAAACGAGCAGAUGUAAAGGAGGAUAAAGAUGGCAAGAGCCGUGGGAUGGGAAUGGUGACUUUUGAGCAGUCACUGGAGGCUGUGCAGGCCAUAUCCAUGUUCAAUGGACAGAUGCUGUUUGACAGACAGAUGCAUGUUAAAAUGGAUGAGAAAUCUCUUCCACCUGAUGAUUUUCGUCAAGUAGAAAAAUCACAUCAGUUACCUCGAGGUCUAGGUGGUAUUGGGAUGGGAUUGGGGCCAGGAGGGCAGCCCAUAAAUGCCAACCGUCUGAGUAGUGGAGCAGGCAUGGGCUCCAUGGGGCCUGGAGGUAUGGAUGUUCCAGGUUAUGGUGGAGUGAACAGACUUGGAGGAGGAGGGGUGAGUGGUGGUGGUGGUGGUGGUGGUGGCGGAGGCGGCGGCUUCGGGGGUAUGGAUAGUUUGGGCAACAUGGGUGGCUUUGGAGGGAGAGACAUGGGUCCAGUUGGCAGAAUGGGAGAUAUGUACCGGUCAGGAAUGGGUGGAAUGGAUCGGGACUUUGGUCACAGUGACAUGUCAAUGAAUCGAGGAUUUGGGGAUUCUUUUGGAGGAAUGGGUGGAGGUUUUGGAGGAGGCAUGGGCAGUGGUGGCAUGGGGCACAUGGGUACUGGAUUAGGUGGUGGAAUGAGCAAUAUGUCAAUGGACCGGAUGGGCUCCAACUUUGAUCGUUUAGGCAUGUCAGGAAUGGACAUGAAUCGUGGCUUUGGCUAUGGUGGUGGUGGACAGGGCCACGUGGGUGGAGGCAUGUCUGACAGAGGUUCUGGGUCCAAAGCAGGCUGUCAGAUCUUUGUACGAAACCUGUCCUAUGAUCUUACAUGGCAAAAGCUGAAAGAGAAGUUCAGUCACUGUGGCCAGGUAAUGUUUGCAGAGAUCAAGAUGGAGAAUGGGAAGUCAAAGGGGUGUGGAACAGUGAGAUUUGACUCUCCAGAGAGUGCUGAGAAGGCCUGUAGGAUGAUGAAUGGAACCAAGAUCAACGGCCGAGAGGUGGAUGUUCGUAUAGAUCGCAAUGCCUAGAGCUUUUGUAAAAGUCAUGCUAACACACUUCCACAUUCAGCCCUCUUGCCAAUGCUGUUUUGUUUUGUUUUAAAAACAGUCAUAUCUCCAUGUGUCCAAUGUUUCAUAGUUUUUUGUUUAUAUAUAUAUAUAUAUACACACUACAUAUUACAUAGUAUGUUUG